CCGUGUGCUCUGAAGUUGCCUGAAGAAUCGUGGUAGUUUGCAGUUGUUUUGUAUCUAUGCAUGUUAGUAUCUGUGUGGCUGUGUUUGUACGUAAAUUUGGUUAUGGCGGUACUACUUACUUAUUCGCAGUUAUGAGAAGAGCGUAGAUAUUUUUUCUGAGCCAAUUCAGUUUCGAGUUAAACGUUUGGUUGCGCAGACGCCGGACUUGUAGCGCAAUAAUUUUUAACGUUUUCAGUGUUUUGGAUGCACUCACUCAGUGUAAUUGCAUAUUUAUGAAAUCUGCAUACAAAGCAAAUUCAAAUCAGACAAAACCGCAAUACGUGAAAUGCAACGAAUUAUUGCAACGCUUAAAUAGGAUAAUAAUAAUAACAAUUAAUAUUUUGUUUAAUGUUUUUUUAUAAAUUAACAACUUUGUAUGUUCUAUGCAAAAAAAUGAAAUGUUAACUCGUAUGUGCGGAUACAGAUAAAAGUUAGGCUGCAAGAAAGAAGUGAGCACGUCUCGAGGUGCGCAACCCGCGCUCAAAUCCAUAAACGAAUGCAAAACUCGUUUCGAAAAUUUGCCAAAAGAUCUAAAAAAAAUAUAUAAAAUAUAAAAUAAAAUAAAAUAAAAGUGUUACUUUUUUUCGCCUGUUUGCGUGACUGUUUGUAUGGCUCAAACGCGAUUUAAAGUUACUCGAUCGUAUCUUUGUCGUCGUGCGGGUUUUAAGUGCAAUUGAAGUUUGAAAACAAGUAUACAAACAACCAAAACAACAACAAAAGGCUUAAAACAUAAUAAAAAAACAACUCAAACUGCAAGCAAGACUAACAGAAAAUAUCAAAACAUUAUUUUAAGUGCAUUUGAAUUUAUGCUGAAUUUAUGUACGAAACCAAUUACAUAUGCAAAAUCAUAAAAUAAAACAAAUCAUAAAGUCGCACGACCAACACGACGAACAAAACGUCCUAAUGACGUAAGUGCGUUUUUAAAAACGCUUCUUGUAAGAACAGAGUACAGAACGGAGAAAAGAACAGAACAGUUUUUGGUUUGAAAAUUGUAGUAGAUUUGUUUAAUUUGUUGAGGUGUGAAGCAUCUAUGAACGUAAAUAAACUUUUUUGUGGUGAUCGUGUGCGGAUAAUGUCGAGUACACUAACGGCCAUAAAAUGAAAGGGUUCACAUCAGUACAGCUGUUGCCACUCCUGCUUCUAUUGCUAGCGAUUCUAUUGCAGUGCGUUUUGCAAGCGAAUUCGGCGCGCGAUCGUCACGCGCGAAAUAAUAACAAUGAGGCACGCAAUUAUGGCGGCCGAAAACGUAAUCAAGAACGUUAUAAAAGCCACCCAUUAACACGACAACGAAACGUUGGCAACAAUGCACAACACACAUCAUCGACGACGAAAAACGGCGAGGAUAAUCACACCGAAUUCGUUAAAGGAAAAAUUUGCAUUGGUACCAAAUCUCGACUUUCUGUACCCUCGAAUCGUGAACAUCAUUACAGAAAUUUACGCGAUCGCUAUAACAACUGCACUUACGUGGAUGGUAAUCUAGAACUGACUUGGCUACAAGAUGAAAACCUCGAUCUCAGUUUCCUGGAAAAUAUACGCGAAGUCACAGGUUACAUACUGAUAAGUCAUGUAGAUGUGAAGAGAGUCGUAUUUCCUAGGCUACAAAUUAUACGCGGUCGCACAUUAUUCAAUCUAAAUGUACAAGAGGAUCAGUUUGCGCUUUUUGCCACACAUUCCAAAAUGUUCACAUUGGAAAUGCCUGCUUUACGUGAUAUUCUCCAAGGCUCAGUGGGUUUCUUCAACAAUUUCAAUUUAUGUCACAUCAAAACCAUCGAUUGGCAUGAAAUUAUAUCGGGUGCGAAUAAUACCAAUCAUUACACGUACAACUUCACUUUACCCGAACGCGAGUGCGGCAAAUGCCAUGAAUCGUGUGAACGCGGUUGCUGGGGUGAUGGUCAGAUUAAUUGUCAGAAAUUCAGUAAAAUAAAUUGUGCACCACAAUGUGCUCAGGGUCGUUGUUUCGGACCACAUCCACGUGAAUGUUGUCAUUUGUUCUGUGCUGGCGGCUGCACUGGUCCCACACAGAAAGAAUGUAUUGCUUGUAAGAAUUUCUAUGAUGAUGGCGUUUGUAAAGAGGAGUGUCCACCAAUGCAGAAAUACAAUCCUACAAAUUAUUUAUGGGAAGCUAAUCCUGAAGGUAAAUAUGCUUAUGGCGCCACUUGUGUUAAAGAGUGUCCAGAGCACUUACUGAAGGAUAGUGGUGCUUGUGUGCGUAGUUGUCCACUAGAUAAAAUGGCUAAAGAUGGUGAAUGUGUACCUUGCAAUGGACCUUGUCCGAAAACUUGUCCCAUGACAUCUCUUCUACACUCUGGCAAUAUAGAUUCAUUUAAAGGUUGCACAGUUAUUGAAGGCUCCAUACGUGUUUUGGAUCAAACAUUUUUUGGCUAUCAAGAUAUUUACACGAACUACACGAUGGGUCCACGUUAUCUUGCCAUGCAUCCAGAUCGGUUGGAGAUUUUCUCUACUGUUAAAGAAAUCACUGGUUAUUUGGAUAUUGAAGGCGAACAUCCAGCAUUUAAGAAUUUAUCUUAUUUCCGUAAUUUAGAGGUUAUACAUGGUCGUCAGUUGAUGGAAAAUUAUUUUGCUUCGCUUUCAAUUGUUAAGUCAUCACUAGAAAGUUUGGAGUUGCGCAAUUUAAAACGUAUUAAUUCUGGAGCUGUAGUCAUACAACAAAAUAAAAAGAUUUGUUAUGUAAAUGGUAUCGAUUGGCAGAAAGUACAGAAACAACCGGAUCAUGGAGUUGUGAUAGCAAAGAACAGAGAGGAAUCCGAAUGCAAAAAAGACAAAAUGGUUUGUUCGGAUCAAUGUAACGGUUCGGGUUGUUGGGGUGCAGGUACCGACCAAUGUUUGGAAUGUAAAAACUUUGCUUUUAACGGAACUUGUAUUGCUGACUGUCGAAAUGUCACAAACGCUUAUCAAUUUGAUGCUAAAACAUGUAAGGAGUGUCAUCCGGAAUGCCGUACUUGCUCAGGACCCGGUGCUGAACAUUGUGAUGAAUGCGUGCAUGUAAAGGAUGAACAGCGUUGUGUUACUGUAUGUCCUGAUAAUAAGUAUUCAGAUUAUGGCAUAUGUCGACCGUGUCAUCAGACCUGUGAGGGUUGCACAGGACCACGAGAUACAAUUGGUCCCGGUGGCUGCAAAACAUGUAAUCUCGCCAUAAUAAACAGUCUUGCGACAGUUGAUCACUGCCUAAUGAAAAAUGAUAAAUGUCCUGUCGGCUAUUAUUUGGAGUAUGUUAAUCCACAAGAACAAGGUGCACUUAAACCACUUGCCGGUAAAACUAUUUGCCGUAAAUGUCAUCCACGUUGCGAAAUCUGCACAGGUUACGGUUUCCAUGAGCAAGUUUGUUCCAAAUGUGCGGGUUAUAAACGCGGUGAACAAUGUGAAGAUGAAUGCCCACCAGAUCAUUUUGCUGAUGAAACUAAUCGCGAAUGUUUCGAAUGUCACUCCGAGUGUAAAGGUUGCACAGGUCCAGGUUCUGAGAAUUGUUUAGCAUGUCGCAGUUUAAAAGUGUUUGGAGGCGGUGAUCCUUAUGAUAAUUCCACAUUAUUUAAUUGCACUGCCAAGUGUCCGCAAGAUUACCCAUAUGUCAACUAUGUACCGCAGCACAUAGGCCCAUUUUGUUCUGCCAUACCAUCUAAAGGCGCCAAAUUGAUUGCUGGCGUAGACAGCUAUGUUUUUAUAACAAUAGCAUUCGUUACUGUGGCAUCUUUGCUGUGUGUCAUCACUUUCGUUGCCUAUGUGUGCCGGCAAAGAAUCAAAGCCAAAAAAGAAGCUGUUAAAAUGACAAUGGUGUUAUCAGGUUGCGAGGAUUCUGAACCGUUACGACCAUCAAAUAUUGGUCCUAAUCUAUCGAAGUUGCGUAUUGUGAAAGAUGCAGAACUACGAAAGGGUGGCGUACUUGGCAUGGGCGCAUUUGGGCGAGUAUUUAAAGGUGUUUGGGUGCCAGAAGGUGAAAAUGUUAAAAUACCAGUGGCCAUUAAAGAAUUAUUGAAGAGUACUGGUGCAGAAUCGAGUGAAGAAUUUUUACGUGAAGCUUAUAUUAUGGCAUCCGUAGAGCAUCCCAAUUUGUUGAAAUUGUUGGCGGUGUGCAUGACAUCAGAAAUGAUGUUGAUAACCCAACUGAUGCCUUUGGGUUGUUUAUUGGAUUAUGUACGUACUAAUCGUGAUAAGAUUGGUUCAAAGGCUUUGCUUAACUGGACAACACAAAUAGCAAAGGGUAUGGCAUAUUUGGAAGAAAUGCGUUUAGUGCACAGAGAUUUGGCAGCGCGUAAUGUGCUUGUGCAAACACCAUCUUGCGUUAAAAUAACAGAUUUUGGUUUAGCUAAGUUGUUGAAUAACGAUUCCAAUGAGUACAAAGCAACUGGUGGUAAAAUGCCAAUAAAAUGGCUUGCCUUAGAAUGCAUACGCAAUCGCAUAUUCACCAGUAAAUCAGAUGUAUGGGCGUUUGGUGUCACAAUUUGGGAGCUGUUGACAUUUGGUCAACGUCCACAUGAAAAUAUACCAGCUAGACAAAUACCAGAACUCAUAGAGGGCGGUUUAAAAUUGGAUCAACCCAAAAUUUGUUCGUUAGAUAUUUAUUGCACCUUACUUUCUUGCUGGCAAUUGAAUGCUGAAAUGAGACCCACUUUCAAGCAGUUGGUUAAUGUAUUUGCGGAGUUUGCACGCGAUCCUGAUAGAUAUCUCGUGAUACCCAAUGACAAAUUUACACGUCUACCUUCCUAUACAAGCCAAGAUGAAAAAGACUUAAUACGCAAGUUAGCACCCACUAUGGAUAGUCCAGAGGUUAUGACUGAAACAGAGAAUUAUUUACAACCAAAAGUAGCACCAGCACAACAUCAACACGAAAGCACCGAUGAAAUGCCUAAACUGAAUAGAUACUGUAAAGAUCCUAUGAACAAAAAUUCAAGUGGCGAUGAUGAAACAGACUCCAAUGCACGUGAAGUAGGUGUAGGCAAUUUAAGACUCGAUUUACCUGUAGAUGAAGAUGACUAUCUCAUGCCUACUUGUCAAUCUGAUAGUCCGACAAAUCUGAAUAAUAACAAUAAGAGUGUUAAUAAUAAUGCUGCUGUUGCGGCAAACGCUGGCGGUUACAUGGACCUCAUAGGUGUACCAGCCAGUAUAGAUAAUCCCGAAUAUCUGCUGAACGCGCAAGCACUGAGUGCCGGCAAUGCGCCCAUACCCACACAAACAAUUGGCAUACCAGUGCUGACAGUUUGUAAUGGUGCGCCCACAAUGCUAGACAUAACGGUACCUGGCUCAGAACCAACGAGCUCGGACCACGAAUACUACAAUGAUACCCAAAGAGAAUUGCAACCAUUGCAUAGGAGCGAAACACGCGUGUGAUGUCUACAGCAAACCAUUCAACAGUUACUACACUGCCCAACGAUCUUGCCACAGGAGCUAUCUGAUAGGACUGAUAGUCGCCCCUCACACAAAGUGCCUUAAGACGAACAAGCAUGAGUCAACUUCUCGUUGCAAUAGCAAAUGUAAAUACACAACUGAAGCAUUGAACGAUUGUAUUUAUUAACCAAUUGUAUUUAUUAAGGAUACACAUAUACGCCUAAGUGCCUGCAAAUGCUAUAAACUGUAAUUUAAGCACACACUCCAAAUCCUGUAUAUUUAAACAGUUUGAUAUAUUUAAACGUUAUUAAUGUUAAGUGUACUUAUAUAUGAGUAAUUUUAAUUUGUAAUUGUGUAUGUAAUUAUGUUGUAUUCUAAAAAAUUGAAAAAUUGUAAUUAAUUUUAGUUUAGUUAGGCGAUAAACUUAGAGUGUAGUAUAUAGUAUCAACUAUGCAUCCUUAGGUCUAAGCUUAGUCAUAUAAGUACGAACUGUGAUAACGUAACAUAAGAUAACAAGCAAACUCGGAAAACAAAAUAUAAUGAACAAAUUAAUAAUAAUAGACUUUAUUACUAAGCUGCAGCUAAUCAAAUACUUCUUAAUCUUCUUAACUUUAAGCAUAACUUUUUAUAUUGUUAGAUAGGCGAACUAAAAUUGUAAGUUAAAAAAUUUAUUAUUUCAUUAAAUAUUAUUUCGAAAUUAAAAUAUAAAACCAAACGAAAAUGUUCUUUUCUAAAGGAUCAGAUAAUCGGUACGUACCGUAAGAACAGCUACAUCUGUGUAUUUCGCUUCGGCUUAAGUUCUUACGGUAUGUACCGACUAACUAAAUCUUAAGUGAGCGAUCUUUAUAAAACCAUUUCGAAAAUAUAUGAACUAUCCUUUAAGUCCUUUCUUUUUUUCACACAUUCAUACUUUUUCUAGAGCAGCUCAGCGAAUGUAAACUUUUUGCAUUUUUUUAGAUUCAUUAUGAAAAUUCAUGGCAAAUAUUUAUAUUUAUUUUGUAAUAAAUUUUUGUUUCAUUUAUAAAUUAAUUUAAAAAAAAAGGAUUUAUACGACAUCGUCAGACUUAAACAAUUUCGAUAUAUAAGAUUAUUGUAUCCCAACUUCGUGCCAUUUCCUUUUAGAAUUUGAGUUUUUUAAAAGUCCUUAUUGGCACAAAAAAAAAAUAUUUUUAUAUAAAAAUUUUUUAUUGCAAAAAAUGAAACGACUAAAGAUUGU